GCAAUUGAAAACGAGACGGUAGCUAAGACACUGCUGUGUGGUAGCAGUAGGUUUGCAUACAGCGCGCCUGCUCGCAUUGCAAUCUGCGAUAAAGGAUACCAAGAAAACACUUUUGCAAUAUGCGACCUAGAAGCUGCCAUCAAGGCGCUGCAAGUAAAGCGCGCGUCGCGACAGUCGCGAAACGCGCGAUUGCUGGUGCUUGCGUCAGGUAAUCACCGCAUACGCUCGUAGUGCCUGCUAUCUACUUGAGGAAGUAAUCGCUAAACUGAGACGCACAAGUGGCUCUCUGAGACGCAGCUGUUUCUACGUUUUCCAGGGUGGAUAGAAAAAAAAAAAAAAAGGCCAGGUGCUUUGACAUAGCUCGGAAGAAGCUACAUUGUGUGCAAGAAUGGACAAGGCAGCUUCAUUUCCACUGCCUUUAAAGUACAUCCGACAAGAGUACACCAAUUAUGCUUCUAGGAUGGCAUGGAUUUCUCAGGAGCAAGUACUGGAACUUGGUUGUGGUCCUGGCCUGAUAAGCCGGCAAGUAUUACAGCCCUUGUGCGAGGCCCAUUUUGCCCGCCUUCUCGCAGUUGACAGAGCUUCAGAGGCCAUUCUGUAUGCUCAGCAGCAUUCUCACCACAGAGACAUCUCAUACUGCCAUGUUCCUGAUCUACACAUAAGUGUACCUGUAGAGAUGCGAGGGGCAUUCAACAAGCUCUUCCACUAUGGUGGUGCUUUGCCGUGCACCGAAGGCAAUGGACUAAGCCAAGCAUCAAUACUGCUAGACAUUAAAGGCAGCUGUGUUCUGCUCCUGCCUGUGCGCUGUUGUCUCUUUGAUGUACUCGAACAGCUCUCAAGCAGUCCCCGCUGGAAGGCCUACAUGCGAGAUGCAAUGCGGCUGGUACCACCUCAGAGCCACUGGCAGGAACCUGUGGAGACGUUUAAAAAAGCAGCAAAAGAAGCUGGCAUGGAAGUGAAUACCGUUAAACUUGACACCACAGAGGCUACUUUUGACAGCAGUAAGCAAUUUCAAGAGUUUCUGGGCUGGGCCAUCCCAUUCGUAGCACGCAUCCCGAUGGAAAACAGGCAGGCAUUCUUGGAUGAAGCAUUGGCACUGAGUUUCGACCAAGGUGUGCAGAUGACAUCAAGCGACAAGCUCCAGCUUUCAAUCACACUCUUGAGUGCGCUCUGCACUAAAGUGCAAAACAUUUGACUUCUUUCAACUUGUGCAUGUCUCCACGGAGUUUUGGCUCUUUAAAAAAAUGACAUCCAGUUAAUGCUGGAAUCCUGGUGAUACUGUGCCAAGCACACAUAAAAGAUACACAUUUCGUGCCAUUGUAAAAAACACUGAUGUUGUGCAUUUCAUGGCUCCCUAAAACUGAUAUUGGGAGCCAAAUAUAAUGUUUACUAUAAACUAAGCGACUAAGCUUUUUUUUUUAGUCAUAAUAUUGCCUAAAACUGUUAUAUGUGACUUCUCUGUGAGCUCAUUGUACCUACGUCGGUGCAGUAUAGAGAUGACCAGUUUUUCUGUGUAAUGUAUUGUAAAAAAGACAUACUAGUAAGUAUGCUGUGAAGCAAUUUUCUUUUAAUGUAGUCUUGAGUUAUUUCUUAUGUGAAUAUGUAUGUACAGUCCUGCAAGUACGAAAUCCCUGCGGCAACGAAAUAUUUCCGGAUCCCUGGCGAACGUUCAUAGAAGCGCAUGUAUUACGUAUUUCGCGGCAAUGAAAUGUUUUCGGACAGCGAUCCUGCAAUAACGAAUUUUCUACCACGGUGCGGGCCUUAUUUCACCUUCCCGCCAAAGGUCAACUGUCGAAAAUAUGCCCGUAUGCGUGUUAUGCGCACUGAAAAUUUGUAAACGUCUGCUUUUGCCGCACUAGCAUGGGUACCGCCAGAUUGAGAACUGCUUCAAACCCGCUGCCUUAAUCACCACCGUGCGAGUGUCUUGCACGGAUUGCGCUUCGGCCUCAAGAUUUGGACGAAGGCGCACUUGACGGCGAGAGUGGUGGCAGUGCAGUGCCUCUAUCCCUGACCAACGCCUGGGGGGAACUUCGAGCCAUCGACAUCCCAGAUGAACUCACCGUUGAUGCGUUCGUUCGCGCCAAUGACGACGUACUCGUGUACGAGGAAUUGACCGACGAGGCCAUUAUCGAAAGCGUGUGCAAAGCUGAUGACACCGAGGACCAAGAAGAGACGCAUGCGGAGAAACCCAACCCGCGGGUUGUUUUGGAUGCGCUGGGCACCCUUCGCUCCUUGUUCGGCGCACAUGUCGACGAUGUAGCAAUGGACUACUUUUUCCAGUGCGAAGGGAGAGCUUUGAAGUUGUUGCAUGGCAAGGGUCGGAAAAGUAAGUUGACCGACUUCUGGCAAUAAAUUUUCGUUCUGCUGGCCGUAUCACUGUUCUUAUGUCUCAUACUCGCGGCUACGAAAUUCUCGAAAAAACGAAAUAUUUUGUUUCCUCGGCGAUUUCGUUAUUGCGGGUUUCGACUGUACUAUCAUUGGUAUGAUUAGUUAAUUUGUCUCCUUGUUUAUAGUAACUGUCCAGCAAAGUUUAUAUUGACUGAACAAGUAUCUCAUUCCAAAAUUAAGUGUGCUAAAAACCUCUCAGUGCAGCCAAUAGGAAGUUUCAAGAGAUACAGGUUAUUAUACCAGAUAACCUUUUGUGAGCUCAUUUAUAUUUUUCAAAUAGUAACAAAAAAUAUGCCUGCAGAAUAUCCAAUGAAUGUGCCUGAAAUAGUGUGAAGCAAUUUUGACCAAAAUAAGACUAUUACUUUACAAGAGAAAAGUGGACGUGUAUGUCCCAUUGACUCAUGAUGGACCUUUGAAAAAUUAGGACAGCACUAAUCCCAUUCCAUUUGAGAGCAACAAGCUGCAAUCCUUUUGCCAAUUUUCUCUCACGAAAAGGUUUUAAGUGGUACAAGAAAGUACUACAUAAAGUGUGAGGAAGAAAAAAAAAGAAAGAAAAGCAUCUCUUGCCCAGCACAUUUGCAGCUGUGGUAAACAAUGCGCAAAAAUGAGAUUAGAAUAUUCUUCUUCAGAAAGUGUGUAUUUCAAUGUAAUAGUGCCCAUAAAACUUGAAAAAAAAAAACAUUUAUAGGGGUCUGUUUUGUAGUUCAGUUUAGCAACAAACUCCUUCAUUUUUUGUUCGAGUACGCUUCGACAUGAUUAAUGGCGAAUAUACUACUCCAAUUUUCAAACAAAGUCCAUAGAUUCAUAUUAGAACUACCUAUUCCAAAAUUCAGAAGAUGAGAAAAAUACUAUAAAUCCACAAUUUCAGCUAUACUGCACACAAUGCAAGAAGAAUUUGAAAAAAUUUCUACUGAGCAAGACGAAUUGCCUUAUUCUUAUUUCAGUAACAAAUUUGAUUUACUUAUUAAACAAAGGCAUUUGUAGGAGUUGUUUGAAUCUCAGCAGUAUUAUCGCAAUUUUCUGCCAUAUACUCAUCGAGAAAUUUUGCCAAAAAUGUUCUGUUUAAAUUUUUACCCUAUCAAAUUGUGCUAUAUGUGGACGUCUUUUUAACCAGUGCUUACACUGUGGAAGGUAUAGUUUGCGAUAAAAAUAUUUUCUGGCCACUAAUGUUUGUUAGUAAGUUCAUAACUCUAAACAAAAAAAGAAUGAAUAGAAGAAAAAGAAGCACAAUAUUGAAGCCACUUCUAACAAUCUAUUGGGAUACAGAGGUGCUUCGAAAAUUAUCUUGAUCACUGCUGUUGUUGACAAGCAGUGGUGCUGCUGUUUGAGAUUCUUGUGCAUUGGACUCUGAAGGCAUCGUGCAAGACUAGAUUAAUGGCAUCCAGAAUUUGCGGCAAUGAUUCAUAAAGUUUUUGUCUCGAUUUUUUCAGGAUCAUACAAGUAGCACCUACCAGUAAGCCGAUCAUGAUGACCAUUUGUUAAUCUUUAUUUGACUAUUUCUUAGAAAAAAAACAGAAUAUUGUUACUAUUAGAACCUGACAAUGCUCAUCAGGAACAUGUGGCCCUAUCAGUUAGGAAAAAGUGUCAAUUGUUUUGCUGUUUGAAGCUUUUUCAUUUUUUUAGCCAACUAAAAGCUUUCGUGUUGGCAUAGGCUCAUCAUGAUUGGAGGUUAUUGCAAUGUGAUUGCAUUGUUUUCGCAUUUCUUGUGUUUUUCAGUUGUCAUGAAGUGUGCUGCUUGUAUUUAGUUAUUUAAUGCCUUCAGCUGUUGGCGACAGAACCACAUAGUGAUUAUGGCUCCAUGUAUGACACCAUUUUCAUGUGCACAAUUUCAUAUGUUGACAGAAAUAUCUUGGCAGAAUGUGCCAUCGUGUGCAGCUAUGGUGGUGGCUAAGUCUGAACUAUAAUUGGAAACAUUCAUGGUGAUAUCCGAAUGUUAUUAGAGUUCCUAAUAUUUUUUAUUCUCUCUCUCUCUUUUUUUUGUGAUGUGGCGGUUUACUGAAAAUAUACCUAAGUAAUUUACCAGUGAAGUUGGAACUGCUUGAAAAGCGGCGGAUGUAACAGUGAAAAUUCACUAGCUAGGUAUUUUUGCUACCAUUGACGACAAAUAUAGAGUUUUGUUGGUCAAGGUCAAUAGCUAAUUAUAGGUAACAUUCAUUGGAAAAAAAACAAAGUCAACCUAUAUUAUAUGGUAGCUUACUUGUUCAUUCAAAUUGUGAGUUGUCGACAGUAUCUCUGUAGUUUAAGCUUUUCUAAAAGCUGAGCUAAUAAAACUGAAAGAACAGUCUGCA